AUGAAGGUUACCUUUGGCUCUCUGGUGAUCACAGCCGGCGUCUGCGGGAUUCUGAGUUUCGCCUUUUUGGCGACUUCCCUCGGAACCGAGUAUUGGUACGUAAUCGAGAAUAUUAGCGACUUUGAGGACGCGAGCUACCACUCGGGACUGUGGAGCACCAACGAAGGUGUGAAGAACAACGCAGACGCUGUUGAGUCUUUCACAGCUGACUACUCCGGGCAGUCUGAGACUCAGCUGCACAUGCUGAGCAUGCACAAUGCAAUAGUGGUGGUGCUUUCCCUGAGCCUGGUCCUGCUGCUGUUUGGUGGGAUUGGCGGAUUGGUCAGCUCCCUGGCUCGAAGCCCCGUCCUCCUCACCGGCACAGCAUCCUACUUCUUCAUCUGCAGUCUGCUGACCCUGUGUGGUGUGAGUCUCUACAUCAUCUACUCGUACCAGGCCCUGGCUGAGACGGAGAGGCUGGUGGGGCCGGAGGGUCUGGCCUAUAUUCGCACCUCCUUCGGCUGGUCUCUGGGUCUGGCCUGGCUCUCUUGCAGCCUGGAGCUCCUCACCAGCAUGCUGCUGCUCGUGGCUGCAAGAAUGGCUAAGCUGCAGCAGAGCAGUCUCACCAUGACCCGACACGAGACUCCACCGUGGAUCCAACACAUUCAGGAAGGAGGAUUGAACUGUACUGAACUGCAUGUGUUGCUGGCAUGUGGUUCUGCCUUAGAACAAGGUAACAAACAAUAA